AUCCGAAUUAACACACUGCUCUCUUGUCUGAGAUGGAUGGGAAGCGUGAACCAUUCAAGACCAAGGACAGCAACAGAAUUCAAUGUACAGGAGAACAGAAAAAGAAGAAGCUUCUGGCAAUAGGUUCAAAGGUUUCUGUUGCAGACAAGUUUUCCUCACUAGGAGUCUCCUUGAUAGCAAAAAGAGGACGAGUUCCUGAGGUUCCUGUCCAUCAAGUACAGCUAAACAUUAAUGCUGGUAGAGGAACUUGUUUAUCAGAGCAGUGGGUAGAGGAGCUGGUUCAAGCAAUGAAGGCUCUAAACAUGCACAUUGAGCAAGAAUAUGCUCUUGAUAUAUUCACUGGAAUGAUGGUGAGUCAGUCAUGCCAAACAUUUAGAUCUUCUGACAUCCCUAAAGCAGUGACAGCUGAGAUGAGGACUGUACUGGUGGACUGGCUGGUCCAGGUUCAUGAGUACCUGGGUCUGGAAGAGGAGACACUCUACCUUGCUGUAUACCUUAUGAAUUCCUACCUGAAAGUUCACAAGAUCCACACCGCUCUGCUUCAGCUUCUGGCUGCCAGCUGCCUCUUUCUUGCCAGCAAGAUAGAAGAGAGGCUAAUACCAGAGCCAGCAGAGCUCUGCUUUAUGAUGGAAGAUGCCUUUAGCAAGAAAGAAUUGCUGAAAAUGGAAAGGAAGAUCCUCAGCCGCUUGAAAUUUGAACUCCAUUAUAUUCAUCCCUUGCACUUUCUUCGCAUUCUUUCCACCAUUGGGAAAUGCCCCAUGAAGAUUCUGUACCUUGCUAUGUACUUUAUGGAAUUAACUCUCCUAGAGGCCGAGGGAUCAAUGAUUGAGCCAGCUCUGCUGGCCAUUGGAGCACUUAGCUUGGCACAGAGGGUGUCUCUGGAGUCUGGAUCUCUUACAUCAGAUGAGAUGUGGCAUGGAGUACAACAGUAUUUCUCCUACAGUGAUGCACAACUGAUCAACUGCCAGCACCUAAUGGCAAAGGCAGCGCUUCGUGCUGGGUCUAUGGAAAACAAAUCAACUUGGCAUAAAUACUCCCGUCCCCAAAAAUUAGGUGUGAGCUCUGGAUCAUCCAUGUCUAACUCGAAACACCUUGCCCGCUGCAUGAGGACACUGAGCACUCAGUUAUGAACACUGGCAGUUUUCUCACAAACCUAAUCAAUUGUUAACAUGACUUCAGGGCUGGAAAUCUAACACUAUGACAAUUCAUUAGUGUUGACAUCUCUUGUGGCUUUAGAGAUCGAUUUGGCAAACAGCUGAAUUCUUUGUGAAAGAAGUGUGUAUGUAUAGUUGUAAAUAUAAAAAGCCCAGUAGGAAGCAGAAUUCUCAGGCCCCAAACUUUAAUGUGCAGUCACCAAGAGGGCUGAACAAAUGAGCCCAUUAAUAUAAAGAUACAUGUUCCUAGUGCAACACAAAAAACACUAUUUGCUGCAAAUGUUCAUGGUAAAUAGCAGUUUUCAAGUUAAUACAGAAAAAGACUUACAGCCGAAUGUCCUAAAGGUCUACAUUUAGAGGUAAAUCUGGUAAAUAUACAGAUAUUUUUAAACCUAACUGCACCAUUGGAUACAUUAUUAGCAUACUGUCACCAAAAAUACAAAUAUAAAUUGUAAUUCCAGUUCAGACAAGAAGGCUACAACAAAUACAAUUUAAUGAUUCAAAUAUAAUUUAGUGGCUCAUCACCCCUUUAUAGUUCAACGCUAUUAAUCUAUUUUGACCUGAUAGUGAAACAUUGUAUUGAACACACAACAUAUUGACCGCACAUCAAAUGUUCUAUCAAGCAUGGUCUGCAUUGUUAAUAGAAGGGCAGUGCCUCUCUAACAUGCUGCAAGCUUAUUUCUAGGAAUGUAAAUGAAGGGAGGAUGUAGAAUUUAUGCAUUUAUCUAUUCACAUAUUUCUAAGGGUAGAUCCCUGUUUUAGGCCAGAACAGGACACACAGAAAACUUGGCAAUUGCUAGGUAAUACUGGAUUUGCUUGCAUACAGGCUUCUGCUCUUUUCUGGGAAAAUUCUUUGUUAUAAAGAUACAUUUAUUUGUGCUUGCAAAUAUGUCAAAGGAAAUGUGUACACAUAUAGAACACAUGGACAAUGUGGUGUGGUGCAGUUGAAAGGCAUCACUAAAAUGGGCCUUAGAAAGAGAAAAAUAUUGUGACAGUUUAUCAACAGAUAUAGCAAAUUAAUUAACUGGAAUGGUAUCUGCUUCCAGAACAGCACUUCUGCAGUUAUAUUAACAGAACGUGAGACCUAAUCUUGUAGGCUUAUUCCUAAAUGAUUUUUUCUUGGUGCUUUCUGGCAUAAAUUGUAAUGUUUCCUUUUUUACAUUUAUUCUGGCUCCUUUUGUGCUCUGUGCAGCACCUCUGUCUCUCUGGGGCCUGGCAUAUGAACUACCUCUGCUCCCCUUGUGCAGCAUUGCCACCGCUGUCUCUUCACUCGUGCUACUUGUAUUCUGUCUCAUGUCUCAAUGCCUAAGCCGCACAAGGUGAGAGAAAGCUAAUUUUGUGUAAAGAUGAUACUAGCUAUGCAGGACUGGGUAACAAGAAAAUACUAUUAAGGAUAUAAUUUGUGGUGCAUGUGAAACAAACCCUGAAUUGGUAGCAGGACGCAGCCAGAAGGGUCUGUGCAAAUAUAAUACACAAAAGCAGACAAGUAGGUAAUAAUAAAAAUUCCCAUUUAAUACAUCCCUUUCAGAAGAUUACCUAGGACUGAAAGAAACAAAUUAAUUUAGAAGGUUCAUGCCACAUUUAAACUUUUAAAGCCUAAUUAAUACCUAACUGCUGGUACUUCCCAUUUAAGUGCAGACUAAGCAGCUCAUCCAAAUGUCUGAGGGCCAUUAUUCUGACCAGGCAUCUGGUCUCUGAGUUAGAAGGAAGUAAUUAUAUCCUCAUAUUUUGUGUGCACUGCAGAAAAGCCAUCAAACAGCCCCAAUAACUGUGCUCCAUAACAUUGCAUUUUUUAUUUUUGGUGUGUGUGUGUGUGUGUAAGGGAAAAAAAAGUAACAAUGAAUAUGUAUUUGAAAAAAAAAA